UUUAAUAUUUUAGAGAAUAAGGACCAUUUUAUCUAAUAAAAUCUAGUCUUCAUUUUUUUCAUAAAUGCCACAGAAAGUGUGUACUUUUACUGUGAAAUGCAGUGUAUUCUUAAUAUCUUGUAUUUUAAGUGGAUUACGAAUCAGUAAAUCACAAAGCUGCGUUGAUUCAAGCUUGAGAGCUGGAAACUGUGUACCUACGAGUUCAUGUCCUCAAUUAAUUCAGGAAUACUAUGAAGCUUCAAGAACUAAGUCGUAUUUUAGCGAUUUACAGGAUUUUGUGAGCAGUUCAAUGUGUGGGUUUGAUGGAAAUAAUUUCAUGGUAUGUUGUGCCACAUCCCGCAGUCUAGAACGGCCAGUAAAAUCUACUUAUAUGUUACAAAAUCCCGUUGCUACGCAGCAAAAAAAUCCAAAUGUUUUCACAUUUCAAUUUGCAUCGCUGAAUUCAAAUCCAAGUAGACCAACAUCAUUAGGAGUUAACCCAACGGAGAGUUCACAAAUAGUUCCGGCGUUAAAGCCAACACCAGUGAAUAUACUUGUACCAGAAAGUUCCAAAGGACCUGCCCCAUUGCCAAACAAUCCUACUUAUCCUAUAUAUUCGCCCAUUUUGUCAUUCUCCGAGCCAAAUAUUAAUGCUUCCAUGGUUGUUGCACUAACGCGGUACACAGCUACGAUGGGAAGAGGUGCCUGCGGCUUGAGUGCCGCCUAUACAAAUAAAGUUGUAGGUGGUAUGGAGGCAAGACGAGGCGCAUACCCAUGGAUGGUCGCUUUGGGCUAUCGCGAUGAAUACCAUCCAGACGCUCUGAAGUUCCUCUGCGCCGGUAGUUUAAUAUCGAGCCGUUAUGUUCUAACUUCUGGACAUUGCAUUAGUGCUUUGCUUAUCACAGCGCGCCUAGGUGCGCAUGAUAUUAGUAACCUGAAUGAGGUGGGUGCCAUUAAUAUACCUAUCGAACGGAAAAUAGUUCAUGAGCAAUAUGAUUUGAGGCAUGUAGUUAAUGAUAUUGGAUUGGUACAACUGGCUGUACCUGCACCAGAAACAGCAUAUAUUGGCACAAUUUGUCUACCCGAAGGACCACGAUUCGCAGAGAAUUUGGCUGGCAUGAAUCCGUUCGUUGCUGGUUGGGGUGCAGUUAAGUUUCAGGGUCCCAGUUCAAACGUUUUGCGUGACGCGCAGGUACCGAUAGUGAGCCAGCAGACUUGCGAACAGUCUUAUAAAUCCAUAUUUCAACAUAUGGUUUUUGUUGAUAAGUUCAUUUGCGCCGGCAACUCAUACUCGGACGCUUGCCAGGGGGAUUCCGGUGGACCAUUAAUGAUGCCGAUGCUGGAAGAUGGCGUUUAUUGUUAUUACAUAAUUGGCAUAGUGUCUUAUGGGUAUGAAUGUGCUCGAGUUGGAUUUCCUGGGGUUUACACACGCUUGGCUUCCUAUAUGCCGUGGAUUCUCAGCCAUAUGGUGUAAUGCUACAUCAACCAACAAUUGCUAUACUAAUACGAAUACAAUAUUAGGGAUGCAAAUGUAGUAUAAGUUAAUGAGUUAUCAUGAAAUAUUUACAUGAAAUAUUGUUACGGUUUAAAAAAAGCAUAUACUUGUAAAUAUAAUAUAUAACACAUGGGCUGAAAG